UAGCGUUGGUCGGGCUUCCUCGAUCUUUUCGAACGUCGCGCCUCACGCGGGCAUCAGUCAUCCACAACUUGACCUCGGACUUAUGACUUGCUCGACGACUUUCCAUCGCAACCCGUUCCACAUACGCCAAUUUUGAUCAUCCUAUUCCCUUAGCGUAACUCACCAUAGCUUUUCAUUUUAGCUCACUGCCUUCGAUUACCCAUUUCGACGAAUGCCAAUAUUCCGUGCUUUCUUUCUUGAGAUAUUAGCAUAGGGUGGACGAUCGGGACCUAAUCCUAAACUAAUCCUAAACCGAUAAGGAAUAAAGAGGGGGAAAGGUAUAAGGUAUAUAGAGAAUUGGGAAGUUGAGAAGUUGAGAAGGGCUAGGCUAGGCUCUGGAAUUGAAGUCAAGAUGCAGGCUCCUACUGCUUCUCAGAGAUCAAUACAACGACGGUCACCGGGGCCCGAUGGUAUUCCCAAUAAUGCUCCGAUGCGCCCAAUGUCGCCAGCCGGUAUGCAGCCGCGCUCGUCAACGGCUUCGAAUAGAUCAGCUGCGAGUAGUUCCUCUAGACGCAAUCAAUCUAAUGGAUCCUCUAUGCCACUAUCACAAAUAGAAAAGAGCGUUACGCAUCUACUCGUCGCGACAAAACAACUCCUCGAAACGUUAACGCAAUGGUCGCGCGGUCAGGCUACUGACACUCAGGUCUCUGACGUCUAUGUUAGAUUGGGCUAUGAGUUUAAUAUGGCCUGUCGCGCAUUUACUGCAAUUAACGUUGACACAUCUGACCUAGGGAACGUCCCAGAAAACCUAAGACAUAUAUUGGAGGCUACUUUAAGCCAGGAAGCCAACACAGAGAGCCUCGAGAAGUAUCUGCCCCGAAUACGAGACAUCAUUAUCCAUCUUUUACACGGGUUGAAGAGAAAACAACAGAAACUGCGACAGAAGCAGAAUCGAGAUAAAGACGGGGCUACUUCGCCUGAAUCAACUAGUAUUGCUAGCCGUACUAUGAGUAGCAGCACCACCGGAAGCAACAAUACCGGCCUCACAAACCUUCUAAACGAAGGCCUCGAGAACGGGUACACUACUCCACAACAGAACGAAAGAAUGGUGGCAUCACAGCAACAGCAGAGCGAAGGCCCGCCAGCAGUCACCCAGUCUCCCAAUCGACGAACUCUGCAACGAGACCAGUCAAACGCUUCUUUCAACUCCGAACAGUCAUCACUGUCGAGUAACACCAUGCAGAACAUACCGGUGCUCCCGCCGUAUCCCGGAGAUGAGACUACGAUACCUACAGGACCUGCGGGAGGUAUAGAUAUCGACUCAUUCCCGCCACCCCCUCCGCCGCCGCCAAAGUCGCAACAGAGUGCGUUUGCUGCCCUGCAAAGAGGAGGGGACUUGGAAAGAAGGGCGUCACGAAGAUACUCCGCCUAUCAAAUAUCCAAACAUCUGGGGGCACCAACCAAUGGCGUGCCUAUGCUCCCUUCUCAGAAUACCCCGAUACCAAAUCGUGGACGUGGGGAAGUAAGAGAAUCUAUGCGAGCAGUCCAAGUCCGGGAGUCUCUACGACAUAGUCGAAACGCAUCUAAUCAAUCCAAGAAUGCGUAUGAAGCGUCUUCGCCGGUUCGAAUACCCAGUAAGGUUAGCGAGGAGGGCUCAAGACCCGAUCUACGUCCCCCUCAAUCGGAAAGUCCACCGGCUCAGUCACCAGAAGAGAAGUAUAGACCUAGUGCUACUAUAUCCGGACCUCUGGAUGAUGCCUUUCCAAUAGUGGGAACCCCGGGCUCGCCCGAGAAGCCAAAGCCAAGGGUAGACACAACUGUAGAAUCCAAACCGCGACCUCAAACCCCUCCGGAAAAGCAGCGAAAGCAAUCCAUACAAGAGCAAUCACCUCCAUUAGACAAAGAACUUACCUUAUUCUUGCAAUAUAAGUCCAAAGUGAAGAAAUUCGUGCUCCCGGAGGGCUAUACAGGCUUGACAAUUGGGCGCCUGCAACUUGCUUUCAUCGAGAAGUUUUCCUGGAACACUGCCCUGAACGGAAGCGACCUCCCAGAGAUCUAUAUCCAAGAUCCCAUCUCUGGGGUGCGGCACGAGCUCGAAGACCUGUCCGACAUCAAAGACCGUACAGUUCUUGCGCUCAAUGUCGAGCCCCUUGAUGAGGUCAAGAAACACUUCGACGAGGGUUUUGGGGCUCUAAAGAAAGUAGUAGACGAGAUGAAGCAGAACGUUACCGAUCAGGGAUCCGCCUUACAAAGAGUAUCGGAUAGGCAACUGGAGACGGCCAAGGAGAUGGCUCGUAUGGCCUCAGCGCCACCGGCCGUCAUGGAUGGUGUUAAAGUUAGUGGAGUUGGCGCUGGCGCUAAACUCAAUACUAGUCAACUUAGGGAGUUGCAGACACUGCGACGAGAUCUGGCCGUCUUGCGGCAGACGUACUCAAACUUCCAGACGGAGAUACAGAGCUCUAUGUCUUCCCUACGAAACAAAGCAGCCAAUGUCAAGGUUGCGGCUGCCAAGGCUUCAACACCGGAGGAAGGUGGCUCUGGAUAUAGCUAUGUGACAAAAGGCCGUAAGCAGCUUAAUUCAGACUCGGACCGCCUCGUUACCAAGGUGGACGAUCUUCAAGACUUAGUUGAGGACUUGCGCAAGGACGUCGUUAAUCGCGGCGUGAGACCCUUACCGCGUCAACUAGAGAGCGUAUCUAAGGAUAUCCAAGUCUUGACCAAAGAGCUCAAGAAGGUUCAGGAGUACAUGAAGCGAGAGAAGCCCAUCUGGACCAAGAUUUGGGAGAAAGAACUGGAAGAAGUUUGCCAGGGCCGUGACGAGCUUAAGGUUAUGGAAGACCUAAUGAUUGACUUACAAGAUGACAUCGAAAAGGCCUCUGAGACCUUUGCGUUGGUUGAACAAGCCACUAAGGAGCAGAUGAAGGACAAUACGCCGACGGCGCGGCAGUUUUCGAAGGGCUUACAUCACCUUGGGAACAGCUCUGAUCCGAACGCUGCAAAGGAGGGUGUGCUAGGCGAAGUCAGAGCUCUACAGCCGAACCACGAAGACAGGCUGGAGGCCAUAGAACGUGCGGAGAAGCUACGACAGAAGGAGUUAGAGAGCCGACAAGGAAAUCCCCUUAUGAAGGAGUUGACCAAGUUCGUCGAGGAUGGGAAGCUAAAGAAGAGCGGAGGAUUUGAAGAGGUUGAGCGAGCGAGGAAGGCCAAGGAUGACCGAAUACGACGAGAGGUUUGGGAACGAAUGAAUGGCAUAAUACCCGAGGAAUCGGUCGGAGAGGAUGGGGAGGAAGGGGAGGAAAUGGAGGAAGGGGAGGAGGAAAAUGACGCAGAGGCAGAGGCAGAGGCAGAAGCGGAGACGGAGACGGAGGCGGAGGCGGAGGCUGAAGUGGAGGCAGAGGCAGAAAGCCCCGCUAAGACGCCGGCCAAUGGUGAUAUAAUAUAAGGCUAUAGAGCCUGCUCGUAAGAUGUGCAUCUUAGCCCUUUGUCUUGUUUCUAGUCAUGACUGGCGUUAUUCGCGCAUAGGUCAGACGGCUCUGACUUGGUCAUCCGAACCUUAGUUUUGCCCCGACAGCUUAUUCAUUAGGUAGUUUUGCCCAUUGCGUUUUAGUAUGACCCAGGGUGCUAUUGCUACUCUUAGAGACAAACG